AUGGACAGCGUAUCUCAGACUGUUGUAGUGAAGAAGCUCGAAGGCCACCCGAUCACAAUAAUUACAAUCAACAGACCUGAUGCGCGCAAUGCCGUUGAUCGCAAGACAGCACAGUGUCUGUAUGAUGCAUUCAUUGCCUUCGAGAACGAUGCAAACCAGAAGAUCUGUGUUUUUGCUGGGGCCGGAGGCACAUUCUGUGCAGGAGCUGACUUGAAGGCUUUUGCACGCGAAGCAGAAAAUGAGCCAUGGAACGAGCUGCCUGCCGUGCAAGGCCGCAAUCUUGCACCGAUGGGACCUUUAAGGCUGCAAGUCAAGAAGCCUGUCAUCGCAGCUGUCUCAGGCUACGCGGUGGCAGGAGGUCUCGAGCUCAGCUUGCUCGCAGACCUUCGGGUCGUGGAACGUGAUGCUGUGUUCGGCGUCUUCUGCAGAAGGUGGGGUGUGCCACUGAUUGACGGCGGGACAGUUCGUCUGCAAGCUGUCGUGGGAUACGGACGAGCCAUGGACAUGAUCUUGACUGGACGACCAGUCAAUGCUGACGAAGCACUGGCAAUGGGCCUGGCAAACCGGGUUGUGGAGAAGGGCACGGCGACCGAAGCCGCAAUCGCGUUGGCUCGCGACCUGUUGAAGUUUCCUUACGCCUGCAUGCUCGCUGACAGGGCUAGUGUCGCAUACAGCGCGUUCUCAGCCUCAUCUUUUGAGGACGCGAUGGCCAACGAAUUCAAUGGCGGGGCACCUGUGCUUAGGGAAGCAAGUAAGGGAGCAGCGCGGUUCUCUGCCGGUGCAGGGCGGCACGGGGACUAUGGCAAAUUGUAA